AUGCAACUUAAGAACAUCCUCGUCUUGGCUCUUGCUUCUGCCGCAAUUGCCAAACCCCAGAACAACAACGACAACAACGACGACAACAACGACGACAACGACAUCUUCGAUUUCGACGACCGAGUAGAGGACCGAAUAGAGUCCCUCUAUGAAGGUGCCACGUCGAGGGGUGGUGACUGGUGGAAAUCCGUCCAGGGUGAUGCAACCGCACUCCUCGGAUCCAUCACUUCCGGUACGCUAAAUGAUUCUAACCGCACCCCUUCCCCCUCCCCAACCCACCCCAAUUUCAAAAGCCCCCCCAACCCCAUUUCUUCUUUUCUUGCUACAGAGAUCAACGCCUUCACCUCCACCGCAUCCCCCGACGCCCGCGCGUCCUCCCUGAUCGACGAGAUCAAGUCCGAGGCCUCGGCCCGCCUCUCCUCCAUCGAGGGCAGACUCAGCAGCGCGACGCCAUCGCUGACUCCCGUUGCCACCUUCACCACGACCAACGCUGCCGGCGAGACCGUUGUCUCCACGAGUUUGAGUGCCGGUGUCGCACCGCUACCCACGGGAGCGAUUGGUGCCAUGCUGUUUGGUGGCGCGGCAGUCUUCGCUGCUAUGUAA